CAAAUAUAAAUACCAGCCUCGAACUGCCCAUGUCAGUCCGAAUCGUCUUCACUCAUUACAGCAUCUCCUUUCAUUCUCUUCGCUUCUUCCCUUCUUUGGGGCGCCGUCCUUCAUUUAGUCUCGGCCACUGCCAUUUCGUCUUUCUUUUCAAUAACUUACCCCGGUCUCUAAUUUAAUCUUCGCCAUGAAGCUCUCUACUUUGGCGGUCCUCGCCUGGGCAGCCUGCGCUGCUGCCUCCCCCGUUAGCCCGGUCCACCAGCGCGGCUUGGAGCACCACAAGUGCGACUGUGGAAAGGACUUUGAGCCCUCCCACCCCGAGCCUGUCCAUGAGCCUGAGCCUGCCCCCGAGCCUGCUCCUGCUCCUGCUCCUGAGCCCGCUCCCGCUCCCGCCCCGGAGCCUGCGCCGGAGCCUGUCCCCGAACCGGUUCCCGAGCAGCCCGCUCCCGCCCCCGAGCCCGCUCCGGAGCCCGCUCCUGCUCCUGAGCCCGCUCCUCAGCCUGCUCCGGAACCUGCCCCCGCCCCCGAACCUGCUCCCGCUCCCCAGCCCGCUCCUGAACCCGCUCCGGAACCCGCUCCUCAGCCCGCCCCCGAGCCCAAGCCCGAGCCCAAGCCCGAGGAGCCCAAGGAAGGCUGCGACAAGGACGGCUGCCGCGGCACCGGCCACCUGAUCCAGGAUCUCGGCCACCCCACCAACAAGCUGCUGCACGUCGUCGGUCUGCACUCCGAGGAACUCCUGAUCAAGCUGAGCCCCGGCAUUGAGGGUCUCCUCACCGGCCUCGGCCUCGGCAUCCUCGGCAAGCCCGUCGGCUCCAUCGUCAAGGAGUCCUCUGAACUCGGCGAGCUCGUCGCUGACCUCGGCAACCCGCUCGAAUGCCUGCUCAUUGUCCUCGGCCAGGAUACCGGCUACCUGCUCAUCAAGCUCGAGGGCCCCGUCACCGGUCUCCUCUCGGGUCUCGGCCUGCAAACCCUCUCCAGCCCCGUCGGCCAGAUCGUCGGCCAGGUCGGCAAGCACCUCAAGCGCGGCGAGCCCGUCAAGGAGGACGGCCUGCUCGAGGACGCCGCCCCCGUCGUCAAGUGCCUGCUCCAGAUCGUCGGCAUUGACCUGAAGAUCCUCCUCGUCGAGCUGAGCGGCCCCGUCGCUGAGCUGAUCAACGGUCUCGGUCUCCAGACCCUCGGCGGCCCCGUCGGCAAUGUCAUCGAGGCGGCUGGCGAGGUUGGCGAGCUCGUCCACGACCUGGGUGACCCCGUCGCGUGCCUGCUUACCAUCGUCGGCCAGGACGGCGGUAUCCUCCUGAUCGAGCUGUCUGACCCUGUUGCGGAACUCGUGUCGGGUCUUCUGCCCACUGUUGGCGGACCGGUCGGUAAGGUCGUCAAGACGCUGGGUCAGAACCUGUAAAUGUCCUCUCCCGCACGACCCUGAAAUGUCAGUGGCAUGGAGAUGAAGGAUGGAUGGAUGGCAAGUUGCAUUGUACUGUACUGCAUGUGUUUAAUACUCUAAUAUAAUUCUACAUUCUCAUGAAUA